AUGACGGAGACUGCCCCAGCUCCCGAAGAUGCAGCAGCAGCUCGCGCCGCCGAACAGGCCCGCCUGCGCAAGGAGCGUCGCGAGGCCAAGAUCAAGGCCGGAGGUACAGCACGUCUAAACAAGAUCACAGGCCUCGGCGGUGGCUUUCAGCGAGAUGCAGCACCAGCACCAUCGCCUGAGGCGACUACCACCACCACCACCACCACCACCCCACCACAGUCUACAGCCACAGCUCCCCCGUCAUCGUCGCCUUCGCAACCUUCCAGGGACCAGGGCAGCCAUGACGACCCCGAAGAGGUCGAUAUCUCACAGCACUUCUAUACCCCGCAGCAGAGGUCGCGCCCCGCCGAGCCAUCGUUGUCCGAUGCCCAGCUACGGCAGAUGAUGCUGGGCUUCGAGGGUCCUGGUGCUGGUGGCGCAGGUACACCACCGCCUGGCGGAAAUCCUUUUCUUGCCCCUGGUGGCGGCAUGCCGCCAGGUAUGGAAGGCAUGGAGGGGCUCGCAGACGAUCCCAUGAUGAAGAUGAUGCAGCAGCUGAUGGGCGGCGCCGGCGCCGGCGGACCAGGCGGUGGCAACCCUUUCGCAGGGACUGGUCUCGAGGGUCUCUUUGGCGGAGCGGCUGGUGGCCCGGAGGGCUUACAGGCGCAGCAGGCGGCGGCCGUGACGGACAAGUCGGCCAAUGUAUGGCGAAUUCUUCACGCCGUCUUCGCGCUGGGCCUCGGUCUCUACAUUGCACUGAGCACUACCUUUACCGGCGCCAAGGCUGAACGAGACUUUGACACGCUCUCGAUGGCGAACUCGGGAACGGCUACGUCCGAAAAGGACGGCGAAUUUGCUAGCUUCGCCACAACGGAUGAAGCCGCGAGGAGUAUCGAGCAGACCCGCGCAUACUUCUUCUACGUCUUUAGCUCGAUUGAGGCCGUGCUCUUGACUACGCGCUACUUUCUCGACAAAAAUAGGGCGCCACCCACUGGUAUCGUUUGGACCAUAUCUGGCUUCCUGCCGGGUAACCUCCGCAGUGGCGUCAGGCAUGCGCUGCGCUAUGGAGAGAUCUUUAGCACGGUACGAAGCGAUGCACUUGUUUGCGUCUUUGUACUGGGCGUCUGCUGCUGGGUGAGGUCAGCAUAG